AUGGCAAGCUGGAAGGACGAAUAUCUGGCUGCGUUGGAGGCGCGUGAUGAGGUUGAAAAGGCCCAUCUAGAGUUCUACGAAGCUUACACUCGAAUGGCAGAUCGCACUGCACAGCUUGCCGCCGCAACAUUGACCGCUCCUACACCUGCCGAAGCCACAACGUCUCCGCCGCCUCCUCCCAUCGUUGGCCGCAGAGGAACAAGCGUGCCAGCAAGCUCCCCUGCCGCCCAAUCAGAGCUGCAUGCACAAGUGCGAGCUGAUCUUGGUAGAGCGCAGCAGGAGCGAGCUGAGCUGCAGACUAAACUGGACCGCACCACGAAGGAACUGGAGAAAAUCAAAUCCAGGUCAAAGGUCGACAGCAGGCGGAUCAACCAGUUGACAUCUGAGCUCAGCCAGCUUUCGGUUCGUGUUCGGGACCGUGACGACGAAUCUAGGGGGAAGGCGAAGUUGUUGAACGAUGCGCAGGACGAGGUAGUGUCGCUGAAUCUGCAAUUGAAUGUGGCCGAGGAUGAGGUCAACAAGUUAAGAAAGGAGAACCAGGAAUUGGUGGAUCGAUGGAUGGAACGGAUGGGGGAAGAGGCGGACAGGAUGAACGAAGAUUCGAAGUUCUGA